AUUGUUAUUGUUCCUUGUGGUAUUACUGCAAAAACAACUGUACAAGAUAAAGAAACUCUUUUAUCUGCUGCCAAAUCUGUAUAUGAAUUAUUAACAAAGUCUAAUAAUAAACAAUUUCGUGUACGUUGUGAUGAUCGAGACAAUGUAUCACCUGGAUGGAAAUUUAAUCAUUGGGAAUUGAAAGGAGUUCCUAUACGUUUGGAAAUUGGUCCACAAGAAGUAGCUGAUAAGAAAGCUUGUUUAGUUCUACGAUAUAAUGGUGAAAGAAUAAAUGUACCAAUGAAUUCCCUGAUUGAUGAACUACCUCAUAUUCUAGAUGAUGUGCAUAAUGCAAUGUUUAAGAAAGCGACAAAGUCAUUAGCUAGUCAUGUUGUGCCUGUGAAUAAUAUGAGUGAAUUGUGUACAGCUUUGGAUCAAAAGUCACUUGGUUUAGCUCCAUUCUGCGGUGAUGGAGAUUGUGAAGAAAUGAUUAAACAUGAAUCUGCCCGGUAUGU